UGCAAGAUAUACUAUAUCAGCUGUUUGUUGCUUUCGUUUUGACAGAAUUAUUGCAGUGCAAUUUCUCAAAGUGCUCGAACGCUUUCAUGAGGUAACAUGGAGAGAGAUGCACCAGUUAUCUAUGGCUUAGAGUUUCAGGCUCGAGCCCUAUCAGCUCAAUCUGCAGAAUUAGACACUGUUAGAUUUUUAGUUGGAACACAGUCCCUCAAGUUUGCAAAUAAUCAAGUACAUCUCGUAGAACUUAAUGAAGAGACUGGAAAUCUAAAAACUCAAAUAUUUCAACAUUCAGUUGGUGAAAUUUGGUCUAUACAGGCAUCUCCUACCGAACCUGAUAAAUUCAUAACAUGCUAUAAUUCAUUAACAGCUGAUGGAACUUGUCAAAUGAAAGGAGCUUUAUGGAAAAUCCCAAAUACUCAGGAUAUGCAUGAAAUUGUGCCUUUGGAAAGGUUAACUGAUAUAGACACUACACUCUAUGGAAAUGAGCUGAAAAAUAUUAUCUAUCAUCCUACUGAAUCUAAAAAAGCUGUGUCUGUAGUUGAUAAUAAUUUUGUAUUGUGGGAUCUAAGUUUUAAGCCACAACCAGUCACUGUUGGAACACUCCAUAGUAAGGGGCAGCCAAGGUUUACAAAUGGUAAAUGGAAUCCACAUAAUAACUGCAAUCAAUUUGCUACAUUAAAUGACAACAAUGUUCGAGGCUGGGAUUUCAGAGAUCCAAAGGAAUCUGUAUGGGCAAUAAUGUCAGCACAUUCACAAAUAAUCAGAGAUCUAGAUUUCAAUACCAAUCGACAAUACUGUUUAGCAACUUGUGGAGAUGAUGGUUACAUGAAAUUUUGGGAUAUUCGAAAUCCUACUGAGCCAAUACUGUCACGAAUGGAACACUCUCAUUGGGUUUGGUCCAUAAGAAUUAAUCGAUUUCAUGAUCAAUUGGUUCUGACAUCAAGCAGUGAUUCACGUGUCAUUUUAUGCAGUUUAGCAUCCAUAUCCUCAGAGCCUUAUGGGCAUGUAGUUUCUUUAGAAGAAGGUGCAUCAAUGGAAGAAACUUGCACCAAGGAAAAAUUGGAAGAUGGUGUCAUAAGUAAAUACGAAGAGCAUGAAGAUAGCGUUUAUGCAGUUGAAUGGUCAUCUGCUGAUCCAUGGACAUUUGCAUCAUUAAGUUAUGAUGGACGACUCGUUUUAAACAGAGUACCACGAAAAUAUAAAUAUCAAAUUUUAUUAUGAUUAUGCAUUUAUUAACUAUAUUUUAA